GACCGACCUUGUCAGCCGAUCGUCAGCCAGCAACAACGAAAACCGCAGCCAUGCAGAUUUUCGUCAAGACCCUCACGGGUAAGACCAUUACCCUCGACGUCGAGUCGAGCGACACCAUCGACAACGUCAAGACCAAGAUCCAGGACAAGGAGGGUAUCCCCCCGGAUCAGCAGCGUCUUAUCUUCGCUGGAGUCCACCCUUCACCUGGUCCUCCGUCUGCGUGGUGGUAUCAUCGAGCCCUCCCUUAAGGCUCUUGCCUCCAAGUACAACUGCGAGAAGUCCAUCUGCCGCAAGUGCUACGCCCGCCUUCCCCCCCGUGCCACC